AUGGAGCGAUCUACUCCUUCGUCGGCCGGGAAUGGCACGAACGGUAUCCCAUUGUGGACUGAGUGGCAUUUUGGCAAGCAUACGAUAACUACCGGGCUGAAGCGUGACGUCGGAAUAGGGUUGCCUCCUAAGGAGUACAUCGAUACCCAAAUAGUAUUCUAUGCGGAUUCCUCGAUUCUCCGGUGA